AUGGGUAUAAGAGGAACAUCGUGGGUUUUAUACAUUCUCUUCAUCUUUCAUAUUCAGCACAAAUUUCCUUCAGUGAGAUCACAACCUUCCUCAGUUGCUACGAACCACGAGACUCUUCCUUUCAGUGCCUCAAAGCCAGAGGUUGUUUGGUCUGAAGUAAAGGCCCGGGAAUUAGCUGUCGUUAUCAGAAGAGGAGGAGGGGGUGGAGGGCGCGGCGGCGGCGGCGGUAGCAGGGGAGGAGGAGGUCGAAGCCGUUCAAGUGGCGUGGGACGUGUGGUUCCGAUCCAUGGUGGUGGUGGUAGACCUGGUGGGUCGCAUCGUUCAAGCGGCAGCAAGAAUUUUCGAGGAGCAAUGUGUGCGGUCGGUUGGCUGAGUUUAUCGGUUUUAGCCAGUUUAUUAUUGGUUUAG